UAUGCAGUAAUUUCUGAAGCACUGGGACAAACAAUAAAGACAAUAUUUCUUUUUAAUAUUCAUCCAGAUCAGUCCUGAUUAGGUUUAUCAGAUUCAAAUAAGAAAAUAAUUCCUUUAUUAACUAAAUAAGUAAUAUUAAUUUAUUAAUAAUAAAUUGUCAUUGGAAAGCAGUAAGUCCCAUCUUGGAGGAAAGUUCUAGUAGAAACAAAGGUUCCGUGACAGUUGAAACCUUCCACAGGGAGAGGAGGGGCACCAAGCUCUUAGCUGGGGAGCUUUCAAUUCAGCCUAUGACUUUCUUGCUAAACAAAAGGAUUUGUGCAAUUGCUCUUUUAUCUUGUACUUGCCUUGAAAUUGGGAAGCCUUCAUAAACAGGUCUGGUGGAUCCCAAACUUGGAUUACAAGGGGCACUGGCUUAUAAAAACCUUAAUGUAGAUUAGGCAUCCCUCACAUUUUGAUAAUAUCAUCACAACCAGGUUGCUUAGAUAUUUGUAUCUUACGAACACAUUAUGGGAUUUCUAGAGAAAGCAAAACUUCAGGAAAGAUUGUUGAAGCAACACAAUAUUAAGAUAAGUUGCAGAUGAGCACUUCAAAAAAGACCUUGUUAAAAUAUUCACAAAGCUUAGACGCAUCAUUAAUAAGUCUUACAGCAGUUGUGAUCAAUUAAAGUUGCUGAGAGGGUUGUUUAUGAUUCUUUUUUUUCCUUUCUCAUUAUUUAUCUGAUAGGUAAUGAUUGAGUCAGGCUAUCUCAACCGGUUUAGUGCCUGGGAGAAGAUAUGAAGCCUUGAUUUCUUGGUCAAAGUUUAUAACUUCUGAAUUUACUUCCAGAAGUAUUUUAGGGAGAACUAGAGAAAACUAAAAUUUAUCUCUCUGUGUUUAUGCUAUACUCAGAAGUAGAUCUGUUGUAAAGAUAUGCACUCAUGUAUCAACUUAGUCAUAGUUCAGCAAAUCACUAUGGGGGAGAUGGGUGUCCUCCAAAUAUUGAGGAAGAGUGGGAGAGAUCAAAGUGACCUGGUUCAGACAUUGCUAAACAACAGUACCAAUAUGAAUGUGAUAUGGCUAUGAUCAGAUAAGAAUUAAGCCAAAAAACGUGGUUAAUAAUGUACUGUCUCUGUUUAAUGAAGGUUUGUAAGUUACCUGCUCCCCAAACUGCUUUUAUCUGGAUUUUUAUAAAUCAAUUUUUGCAAUUUUCACAGCCUAUAUGUUAUAAAGUGUGGCUUGCACAAAUCCUAAAUGGUAUCUAUCUAUGCCAUGUCCAAAUACUGGCAUUUAGGCUAAAAUAGCUUUUCAUUGACAAAAUGCUUUAGUUUACUAUUACGUUGAAAGCCAUGGCUCAGUGUGAGGUAUAAAUCCUCCCAAUUUUAUAUUUUGAGAUGAAUGACCAACCAAAGGAGUACCAGUCUACUGGUUUUGGGAGGGGACUGGCACAGGAAUAUUAAAAGCUUGCUCCAAUUACAACUUUCUAUAAGUAAUCAGACUUCUGGACAAUUCACUAUUUUUCUCUUUCAGGUGAGAUGUCUGAAAAGUUAAGUAGAUGCCGUAAGGAGCUAGCAGCAGCUAUUGAUCGAGCAAUGGAAGAUCUGUCCAUUCCUUUCCUUCCUUCUCAAGAUACCAGCAACAACCAGGACUCUGAUUUGCCAAUAGUGCAACUUUCUACACCCCCUAAUGUAGAUAUCUUUCAUUCUAAGGGAGAGGUAAUAUCGCCUACUGUGUAUUGCCCCCAGCCAUCUUCAGCAGUCUCUUCUCCUGAAAAAGAGAAUCCUCUCCUUAGGUCAAAUCUUUUUCCAGUGGCGGUAACCUCGACUAUUACAUGUACCAAACGGGAACCACUGAUGAGCAAGGAAAAUACAUGGUUGCAUGCCCCAAUCUUUAUGGCUGACAAGCAGUAUUUUAUCAGCCUACAAGACAGUGAAAGAUGGAAGAAAGGACAAGUAAGCAAAACUGAUGAACGAUCCAUGAAGUCAGAAACAAACAUAAUUUCCUGUGAUGUUCCUCCAGAGAAUCCAAAGGAUCAUGAAGAUAUGUCUGCUGAUGAAUCCUCAGCUGUCCAUCUGGGUGAGAGGAACACUUUCAGAAAGGUCCUAGAACACAGCCCUGAAGAUGAAGCUAUCAUUGAAACCUUGUUGGAUAUGGAAGAGGAAUACAGAUUAAACAGCUCCACCUUGCACCAGCUUCACUAGGCAGGUGGUGUAAAGUGUGAGCUAUUUUUAAGAUUUGUUAGUAACAUUUUUAAACCAUGCAAGCAAUCCUGACCAGAUGCACAAUUAAAAUAAGCAACUUACAAUAUUGGCAUGGAGUUUAUUUUUUCUUCUCUGUAGGAUAAUGAACAGUAGGUCAAUCAAAUGCUACUGCUUUUGCUUUGCCCUUCAAAGUAAGUUUCCAUUGCAAAAAAAGAUACUGCCUAUAAGCCAUCUUGUGACAUAAUGAUGGGACGAGUUUCACAGAAGGAAACACAAAACAGAUAAACGCUAAUAAAAAAACUGGCGGUGGAAUGAAAUAAUCUAUUUCUUUUAUCUAAAGAUUCAUUAAUGGUAGGAUCUUGUUGAUGAUUUACUCCAUGGUUUUCUCUAGGGAAGCAAGCCACACAUCUGCUUUCAUGUCAGACAGGAAAGGAGAGAAAAAAAUGUGUAAUUCAUGGUGAUCAUAAAUGUGUAGUUUAAAAGAACACCCUCCACCUUCCAAACUGCCUAAAAUUUUUAUUUGGAAUGAAAUUAAAGAUUUGGUGGGUUUUUAGCUUUCACAUAUUAUCAUAGCCUUUUGGGGGAUAAAAUACUAUUAUUGACCAUUGAAGAAAAAAAGUAGGCAUCAGGAUGUUCUUUACCUGUAGCUUGGUUUCUAGCUCAAUUGUUGGCAACCAUUGCAACUGACUUUUUGUGACAUGUCUCUCUUCAUACAAAGCAAAUACAGGUAAGUCCUCGAUUUAGGACUGGUCAUUUAAUGACUGUUCAAAGUUCCAGCAGGACCCCCUCCCCCAAAGAUAUUUACAACUCCUUUGUAACAGAAACACACACACACACACACACAGUGUGAGUUACAUAACUUCAUUUUGAGUGCCCUGCAUUUAUGGCUGUUUAUAGCAUCCUGGGUCACGUGACCACAAUUUAUGGCUGUUUUGCCGAAACUGUUUACUUCCAUUUUUUUUUCAAAAGCACCCCAUAGUGAACUAUCGGUUCACUUAAUGACUGUGACAUUUGUUUAAUAACUGGAGUGGUGGCUUUAUGACUACAGCAUUUGCUUAAUGACCAUCACAAAAAAGGCUGUAGAAUUGAGUCCAUCGUAUCAGUGAUUUGCUUUAUGAUUACCAGGAAGAUGGAUAUUUUAUAUAUAUUUAUCUAUACUUCAGAUACCUUACAUAUAUUUUUAUUAUUUUUCAGUAAAUAUUCAAUCUUUAGAAUGCCACUUUCUUCAAGUUCUUCUUAAAUCAUUUGAUAUAAGGACAUAUAAUUAUUUGAUAUGAGCACACUAGCAUAGAAUGAAUUUGUUUAUAUAUCAUAUAAAAAUCUGUACUACUGAAGUGUAACUUAAGUAGGGCCUUAGCUAUGAAUCUGGACCAGAUGAAUAACUGUACCCAUCAACCCAGACAUGCAAUAAAAAAGAGUUCAUGGACGUUUUUCAAGUUUUUGAGAGGUGAGGCUUUCUACUUUCUUUAUGAGGAAAUGGCACUGAGAUGCAAAUCAAGUUGCACUACUGCUGAAAAAAUAUUUGGUUGUAUAAAAUAGACUUUAAAUGAGUCUAGACUAGAUAAAGUAAAAAAAGUAAGCAAUUUUCACACCUUAAUUACAGAAUAAAUUAUCUUCGUAUGUGAGAUAUGAGAUUGUUCUAACCUAGGCUUCCUGAGAAAUCAUAAAUCACAAUCUUAGUCCCCAAAAACCUCUUUUAUUAAGAUGGCUGUGAAUAUGGCCAUUCACAGCCGUAAUGAUUCACAAACAGUCUGUGAAGAUUCUGACAGAUGUCUGCUCGAGUUGACACAGUCUUUCAGGUUGAAACUCUGCCAGAGACCUAAUUGUCAGUUAGUUUUGCAAGGCCAAAUGGAGCACAGAGUCAAAUGGAGUUUUCAGAGCUUGAAUUGACUAUAUGAACUAACUGCUUCCUGCAAAGGCUCACAUCCGUUUGCUCCUCUUUUAUGUCUUAUGGGAGGGGCCAAUCAUCUCCAAGCCUUACUCCCGAGUCACCCUUUUUUUUCUUAAUUGUUCUUGCCUUCUGGCAGCUCUGUGCAUGUGCCCACUGGGAACAGGCUCACACUGUUCUUCUGCUUCACUGAUGUCAGAUUCUGGAGGCAGCACAUAACUACCAGAUGGCCCUGGCCCCCUCUCUGCCUCCAAUGCAGAGCCCUUGUCCGAGCCUUCCCCAGACUCCAGGACUGGCCCACAUUCCUCCCCAACCUCCUCACUGUCAGAAUCUGCUGCCAGCUCUGCUGGCCACAGCAGAGAUAGAAUUAAGCUUGUGAAUCUAAAACAGAAAAACCUUGCCUACAGCAGAAGAAACAAAGCAUGGAGAUAUAUAUAUAUAUGUUCAGCUUACUGCAAACACUGCUUUCAAACCCUUCAGGUAAUAUCUUAUUGGUUCUUAUUGGUUAUUGGUUCUGAUGAAGGGGGAUGGAGACUUGGACAUGGCCUAUGGACCAAAUAUUUCCCAUUGCUAUCUUGGAUGGGGCGGGGGAGGAGAGGGUUUCAAAGCAGUGUUUGCAGUAAGCUGAACAAUCUGAGAGGAGAAAAGUCUUAACCCUCACCUUCUUCAUAAUUCCCCCCCACCCCCCAAGCUGCUCAACCUUGGGUAGAGUUAAGGAACAAUGAAAAGAGACCUCUUCUCAUUCCUGUUUUUAGUCUGUGACAGAAAAAGGAUUGGAAAGGUAUUACAUAUAACAUGCAUCCCCACAGGUUUCCGUUGGGACCCUGUGAUUCAUGGGUUUAUUCAUUUUCCUUGCUAUAUAGCACUGCCAUUUCACAGCUGUAAUGAACUCUUGUUAUUCUGCUGAUGCACAGAACCACGAUAUAGCAUAAUUCAACAACUGCAUGCGUAUCAAUUCUCAGAACUCUCAGCUAAGGUCUCACUGGUUGGGAAAUUCAUGGGGCUGCAGCCUGUAGAUCAAGGCCAAUGAUAUUCUGAAAAAUUAUAACAGGAAAUAUUGGAAAUGCUGUAAUUACACCACACUGUUAAAAAAAAAUUAACUCGUCUUUUAAUGUGCUGCUACUUUAGUGUCACAGUUUGACAACAAGCCACAGCCACGUAUAAUUUUUGGGUGGUACCUAAGGAAAAUGAUUCAGUCAACCUGCCUUUAGCCUUGUGAACUCAGAAACAUGUAUCGUCUUGAUUAUACACACAACACUCUUUACUCCAAAAGCUAUGAACAUAAUUAAUAAAGAAUCUUAUUUCAUAUACAUGUUAAAGCUUUAAAUGCUUGUCCCUUAAGAUGGAUUAGUUUAAGAUCUGAAGCCCAUUUUCUAUACCGUAGAUCUAAAAUCCAUCAAAAACGUAUCUCAAUAAAAAGAUGAAUUUAUCUGAUUCUAAUCCAUACUUUACUAGCAUUCCAUUCUAAAAUUAAAACCCAAGUUAUUCUAGUGAGUGAUAUUUACUACAGUGAAAUUUAUUUAUUUUCCAUUUUGGUAACAGCAUUCAGUUACUGUGUUUACCUAGAUGACAGGAGAAAAGUUAGAAAGGAAAAGGUGACUCUUCAUCCAGCUC